AUGGACCAGCGGGACUCCACACGCUCCAUGCCCCCGGGCUCAGACGCACUAGUGGCCGAAGAGGAGAAGGCGCAGGGCGGACGGACUGACGAUGCAUAUGGCGUCAGAGGAGCGACCCUUGGAGCCACUGCAGACCGUGGAGGAUCUGGGAAGUCUGCGAGCGAAGCUUCAAACUCCAUCCCGAGCGGCAGUUCCCAGCAGCGGAAAAGGCUCUCCUCUGUCUGUGACUCGUGCAAAGUAAAAAUGCAGCUGGUGGCCGACCUGCUGUUGCUGUCCAGCGAGACUCGGCCCGUCAUGGCAUCCGACGGGGUCCCGCUCGCCGACACGUUCGACCAGUGCCGAGACACUGUCAUCGCCAGGACUAAAGAGCUGUCCAUUCUCACGCACGACAUUCAAAGCCAGUUAAAUAUGGGACGGUUCACAGAAGUGGGGGAUCGGCUGCUGGAGAUGGCAGAUCUGGUGGUGUCGUUGACCGAGUGUUCUGCCCACGCCGCGUACCUGGGCGCUCUGGAGACAGCGGGUUGCACGCCGUGCUUGCCAGGGCUUGUGGACCGCUACAAAGUGACGCGCUGUCGGCACGAGGUGGAACAGAGCUGCAACGUACUGCGCAUCACGCCGCUGCUGGACCUCACGCCUCAACUCCUGCUGGAGCUUUCCCAGAACAUCUCCACCAACCUCAGAACGCUGACCGACAUCUCGUCCCUGGCCAGCGACCGGUGCCGCGACCGCUUCCCCAAGGAGCAGUUCAAAAUGGCGGUGAAAAGCAUGUGCACCAGCGGCACGGCGUUCCUGGCAUGUGUGAAGGAGGUAAAGACGCAGCCGAGCGAGCUGACCCGGAGCCGCUGUGUGCUCUUCAGUGCGGCGCUGGUGCAGGCCGUCAGCGCUCUUGUUGGCUUCGCCACAGAGCCGCAGUUUGUGGGUCGUCCCGCCGGCGUCUCGUCGGAGGGGAAAGGCGUGCAGACCGCUGUGCUGGGCGGGGCCAUGAGCGUGGUGUCGGCGUGCGUGCUGCUGACACAGGGGCUCAGGGACGUGGCACAGCGUCCGGACAGUAGUUCCAAGAUGGCCGACUACAGGGAACGGCUGCGGAACUCUGCAUGCGCCGUGUCGGAUGGCUGCACGCUGCUCACUCAGGCACUGAGGGAGCGCUCCUCGCCACGCACGCUGCCUCCCGUCAACGUGCACGCCGUCAAUUAG